AUGGGGUCGAUGGGUGCCUCUCCUGCGGGACUCCUGCUGCUCGCCCUUGCCCUAAUUUGCGGUUUUGCGUCGCUGGUCGACGGCAGCAACAGUGUGGUUACCACCACGGUGACAAUGGGACCAGGGGCCGUGCUGAAAUUCACCAGCCAGCGCUGCGUGAGCGUGCCCCAAACGGCCACGCGGCCGAGUAGCGUGCAGGUGUCGUGGGGCCGUGCCUCGAGCAGCAAAGUGGACUCGGGUUCGGGAAGCAAGCCAGGAGCUAUCUCGUGCUCGCAGAUCAAGUUCUUUGAGAAAGCCCGCUGCCAGGGCAAGGAGGUGGACAGCAUGGUUCAACCAGCCACUCCUGCGGGCGAGUUCUCAUUCUCGGGGAAGUCAAUUCUCACGAGUGCCCCCAUGCUGUCUGUCCUCUGCACUGUCACUCUGAACUCCAGUGAUCCUGCCUGCGCGGCGUUGGCGUGUGAUCAUCGGGAUGGCACCUGUGUGGUGGAACAGAACGACAGCUUUCCUGCCUCUAGGGCACUUUCUGAUCUGUUCAACGAGAAAAAACUCGUCCCUUACUGCGCUUGCCCUCAAGGCUAUGGGAUAACCAAGACCAAGUGUGUUAAGGGUGGCACUCCCACCGUCUCUUCAACCAGCUUCACACUCAUCGCAGAUACAAGGGCCUCGAGCGAAGGGUCACAGCCCUAUACCUUUCGCCUCAAUCUGAAUAACUGCACUCAGUUCCCGGAGGCAGUGGCUGGGAAGUACGCAACAGCCUACACUGUCGACAACAUCCGCGAUGCUCCGAAAUGCGUCCGAUUCAAGAACUUCUUAACAGAUAAUUGUGCAGGCGAUCCUGCAGACAAGGGACGACCCUGCACCUCAACCUAUGUACCAGUACCGUUCAAUCAUGUGCUCAUCAGAGUAGCAUGA